AUGUCUGCGCCCAUGAUAGACACUGACAGUGAAGACGAACUACCACCAGGUUGGGAGGAACGUGUAUCUGCACAGGGACAAGUGUAUUAUGCAAAUCAUGAAACUAAGGCUACACAGUGGGAUCAUCCUCGCAGUGGAAAGAGAAAACAGAUAAAAGGAGAUUUGCCCUAUGGAUGGGAGAAACAGGUUACAGAUGAUGGUGUUAUAGUAUUUGUGGACCAUAUUAACAAAAAGACAACAUACACAGAUCCAAGGUUAGCAUUUGCAGAGGAUGAAAAGAAAACACCAUUAGAUUUUAAGCAGAAGUUUGAUGGAAACAGUGCUGCAAUGCAAGUGGUUCAGGGAAAAGAUCUUUCUGAAAAAUAUGCUAUUGUGACAGGGGCAAAUAGUGGUAUUGGGUAUGAAACUGCAAGAACUUUAGCUUACUUUGGAGCAACAGUUAUUCUGGCCUGCCGGAAUCUGGAAGCAGCAAACAAAUGUAAAAAGACUAUUUUGGAAGAGAGGCCAUCAGCCAAAUUAGAAGUUAUGCAUCUGGACCUAGCUUCUUUGAAAAGUGUGCGGAUGUUUGCUGAGGAAUACAGAUCAAAGAAAUGGCCACUGCAUCUACUAAUUCUGAACGCUGCAGUGUUUGGUUUGCCUUUUACAAAAACUGAAGACGACAUUGAAAUGACCUUCCAAGUAAAUCACCUGGCCCAGUUUUACCUGACCAAGCUUCUGUGGGAGGUCCUAGCAUCCUCUUCUCCAUCAAGGAUUGUAAUUGUUUCCUCUGAAUCACACAGAUCUAGUGACCUUUCUCUUGACAACAUCAGUGAGGGCAAGUUAUCUCCUACACCCAACCAGUAUCAGGACUUACAGGCCUACAAUAACUCCAAACUGUGUAAUAUCCUAUUUUCUCUGCACCUGAACAAGCUUCUGUCAGAUAAAGGAGUUACUAGUAACUCAGUACACCCUGGAAAUGUGAUGUACACACGCAUCUCUAGGAACUGGUGGUUCUAUAAAUUGAUAUUUUUCGUGGCCAGACCCUUUACAAAAUCUUUGCAACAAGGUGCAGCCACUACAGUCUUCUGUACAACCUCAGCCCAGUUAGAGGGAGUGGGGGGACUGUACUUUAACAACUGUUGUCGUUGUGAGCCCUCU